AUGGAUAAUACAGAAUAUAAUAUAACCCGAUAUAACCCGAAUAAUUUAAUAGUAGAAAUACACAGGAAUUGUAUAAGUAGAUUACAAUUCAUGUAUUCUUUAAUAAUAAUACCAAUACAGAUAGCGUACUUACUGAUAUAUUCUAAUUUUACAUUCCUGAGCAUAAUAUUCUUAUUACUGGAUAGGGAUAGUGAAGCAUUUGGGUUUUAUACGGUUAAAGUGUGUAUGAUAGUUAUGUGUGCUGAUGUUAUGCUGUUUAGUAUACCCUUAUACGUAUACAGUAUAACCCGUCAUAGAUCUAUACUAUAUAAACAGUCUAUUGAUUGCUUAUUAAAUACACUUACGUAUAUUAUACAGUGUGUGAUAGAAGUGUUAUGUGCCUGUGGUAUUAUUAUAAUAAUGUACUUCUUUAUAUGUACGCGUGUAUGGGUUAAAUGGAUGAAUAUUAUUUUUAUAGUGAUUAAUCUUAUAACUAUGAUUAUAGGGUUGGAUUAUACGGAGAACACUCAGCGUAGGUUGAAUAUAAUAGAAGUGUUUAAUAAGUCAUUAAUCACAGAUGAGGAGUAUCGCUAUGGUAUUACUUAUUAUUUAUACUGCACUGCGUACAUGUCCGCAUCUGUUCUGAUUUUAUUAAAUUAUGAUGUACUCAUACAGAAUGGACUUAUAUACACGGAGAAGUAA